AUGCCAAGCAAGGUCGUCUACCCGAGCCUCAUCUCGCCGCACGCAGAGCAAGCCUGUCCUCUGGGCAUGAACCCUGCUGCUCCGCCCGCGCAACAGGUACCUCGAUCGCUGCUCCACCUGGAAGCUCUCGACGUCUUCAACGUCUCCUCGUUCUCGAUCGACGUUGCGCAAGAGGGCGGCCGGUGGGACCUUGAUCCCGAAGCACCCUGGCCGCAGCCUUACCCUCGCCCGUCACCGUCGAUUGAACUGCAGGCUGGCCCGAUCUUCGAUGACGGUGCCGCCGAACUCACCGCUUCAAGUGCACAAGCGGCAUCGUUCUGCCCGUACCGAGGCGAUAUCCACCUGGCGACGACCUCGUACGGACUGCGCGGUGCGGUGCCCGCGUGCUUUGCCACGCCGCUCUGCCUCCACCCGACGCCCGUCGGUGCCAUGCCGGCCGAAGAGACGUUUGCGACGGCGACAGGGCAGGGGUGCGAGCAGGGCAUCGAGGCCAUGAUGGACCUCGUCUUCGCCCCCGAAGAACGGGGCUGCGCAGACGACGUCGACCUCGCCCAAGUCCCCGCCGCGAGGACCUCGACGCCGUUGACGCCGGACGCGCUGCCACCCCUGUCAGCCGACUCGCCGCCUGAGUCGCUCGCUGCGCCACAGCCGUUCUACACGUUCGGCGACCUCCUCCGACCUGCCUACGACCCCAUCAUCAAGGCGGAAGACGGCGUCGCAGAGGACGAGAUCCCCUCGCUCCUUUUUAGCGCGCACGGCGUCGGCGCCCGCGGCCCGCCGUGGUCUGAGAUGACGGGCCUGCCCUCCCUCGAUCACGAUGCGGGCCCGUUUGGCUUCGAGAGGAGACGGAUCAACUCGUUGCCUUCGUCCUCGCUCGAUCUGCCUCUGACACCGCAGACCUGGCCCAGCAGUACGCAACCCGCCAACAUCAGCAGCAGCGGCGGCAGCAGCGGCUGCAAAGACGAUGGCUCGCUCAGCUACGCCGGUCCGCCCGCCUCGCAACCCCCUGGAGGUCGCGAAGCGGGAAUGUCGGCCUCGGCCUCGUCCUCGGCCGACGUCACCACCAUCGCCCCACCUCGUCCUCGAUACCCGUGCAAGGCGUCGGGGUGCGAGCAGACAUUCGCAUCGCGCUGGAACCUGUCGCAGCACGUCAAGCUGCACGACGAGACGCGGUCCAAGGACUUUGUCUGCACGCUGCCCGGCUGCGGCCGCGCCUACUUCCACCACCGCGACCUCAAACGCCACAUCAGAAAGUUCCACACGCACCCCGCUCCUGCCCGCUCGCGCCCGCCCCAGCGGCUAAGGCAGCCCGACGAGGCCGUCGAGGAUUCGAGGCCCACCGCCGUUCGGCCCUUUCAUCUUCCCUCUGUCUUGAUGUCGUCCGGUGGCCUCCUCUAG